GUUGCGUUACCCUGGAGACGACACAGUCCAUCGGAUUACUUAGUACACUAGACCAGUUGUGAGCAGUCACAAAAUCCAAGCAAAAUGAUCGCCAAAUUUGUUGUCAUUUUCGUUCUCGCCAUUACCACCACAAAAGCUAGUGUUAUCGCUGGAGCGCCGGCAGCACUUGUAGCACCAGCAGUUGCCCCAGCUGCAUACGUUGCCCCAUAUGCCAGUUCCUACUCAGCUCAUGCCGUUAACCAUGCUGUUGCUACGCCUGUCGUUGCUCCAGCCCCAUACGUAGCUGCCGCCCCUUAUGUUGCACCGGCCGCCCCGUACAUCGCCCCAGCCGCCCCAUAUGUCGCCCCAGUCGCCCCGUACGUCGCUCCAGCUGCCCCAUUAGUUGCCCCAGGUGCUCCAGUGGUGACAGCCGCUAAAUACCUCUCAUCUCCGUACUUUUUAUAAACAAAUUUGGUGAUAUCAUUGCCUAGUGACUUGCUCAAAAUUAUAUUGUAAUAUAAAAUAUAUUGUUGUUGACUGAGAUAUAAGUUAAAUUGUGAUA